AUGCCGCCGAAGCAAUCCGUCAAAACUCUAAGCGAAGAGCCAACAGAGGAGUCCCAGCAAGAAAUAGCAACGGAUCCUUCCACGUCUCCUAAGCCAGACCAAAACAAGGAGAAACCCAGCGCGUCUUCGUCGAAGUUACCCGAAGCUUCGGACGAGAAGGAUAAGGAGGACGAGGGGGAGAAGCAGGAAGAUACUUCUGACUCGACAUCUGCACCAGCAGCCGAUCCGUCACAAUGGCAAGCAGUCUGGGCGCCACAGUACAACGCCUACUACUUCUACAACUCCGUCACUCAAGAGACGACUUGGGCGAACCCAUUACAGCCACAGCCUUCAACCUCCCAGACAACACCUGCUCCUGCUGCCUCAACGUUCGAAUCUGCGGCAGAAAUCAACGCAGAGGCCAGUACCAGUACAGGACCAGCGUUGACUACUGCCCAGGCCCGUUAUGCAGCACUCCAGGCAGCAGCGGCCCAGCAGGGUAUCGACCCCUUACUGGCCCAUCUUGAUCCGACACUCUUGACACCUGCUGGUCCGGGAAGUUCUGGCGUCCCAGGAGAUCUGCCGACCUUCACGGCGAGGUUCAAUGCCAGGACCGGGAAGUUCGCCCCAGAUUCCUCACGCACGCCCGGACAUCUCUCAGAGUACGAACGGGCGAAACGUAUGAGUGAAUUCUACUUCGACGUGAAUAAAUGGGAAGAGCAACUGGCUGAACGCGGCGGAAGUAAUAUGGCAGAAGAGGGAGAUGAAGGAGGAUCUGGCAAGAAGAGGAAGAGGCCUACGAAGAAAGAUCUGGAACGGUUCAAGGAACAGAAGAAGCAGAAGAAGAUCGCAAAGACGGCAUGGUUACGUACUUGA